AAAGUGGUUCGACAACUGGUCCUUUUUUUGGCCCCUCCUGCGAAGCCCUCGGAUUGGACGGCUGAGUCCUGCUACACGCGCCUCCACGGGUGCGCGGCCGGGCCAAUCAGAAGGUUGGCGUAUUUUACAAACUGGGGAAGUAGCUGCAGCCAGCAGUAGCUGAGAGUCAGGCGAAAAGCGGAGAAGGCUGGGUCGGCUCCGAGGGGCUCUUGAGAAGCCAUCAUGACCACCCUCCAAGCCACGAAGGAUCCCCUCCUCCGGGGUGUAUCUCCUACCCCUAGCAAGAUUCCGGUACGCUCUCAGAGACGCAUGCCUUUACCCACUGUUACAUCGUGCGCCCUGGACCAGGAGAACCAAGAUCCAAGGAGAUGGGUGCAGAAACCACCGCUCAAUAUUCAACACCACCACGUUGAUUCAGCAGGCCCCAGGCCGAAAGCCAGGCACCAAGCAGAGACAUCACAAAGAUUGGUGGGGACCACUCAGCAUCGAAACCCCUUGGAGGAGCUCAGGCCUAGCCCUGGAGGUCAAAAUGUGGGGCCUGAGCCCCCUGCCCAGACAGAGGCUCCAGGGGCCAUAGAGUUUGUGGCUGAUCCUGCAGCCCUGGCCACCAUCCUGUCAGGUGAGGGUGUGAAGAGCUGUCACCUGGGGCGCCAGCCUAGUCUGGCUAAGAGAGUAUUGAUUCGAGGAAAUCAGGGACGCACCACCCAGAGGGGCCAGGGUGUUCGGGCCUCUGCAUAUUUGGCCCCCAGAACGCCCACCCACCGACUGGACCCUGCCAGGGCUUCCUGCUUCUCAAGGCUGGAGGGACCAGGACCUCGAGGCCAGACUUUGUGCCCCCAGAGGCUACAGGCUCUGAUUUCACCUUCAGGACCUUCCUUUCACCCUUCCACUCGCCCCAGUUUCCAGGAGCUAAGAAGGGAGGCAGCUGGCAGCAGCCGGACUUCCGUGAGCCAGGCCUCAGGAUUGCUCCUGGAGACCCCAGUCCAGCCUGCUUUCUCUCUUCCUAAAGGAGAACAUGAGGUUGUCACUCACUCAGAUGAAGGAAGUGUGUCCUCCCUUGGUCUGGCCCAGCGAGUACCAUUAAGAAAAAAACAAGAAAUGACACAUGGCAAGGACAGCCUUGACUACCACCUGAUGUCCUCCCCUGCCCCUGUGUCCCAGCGCUUGCCUGGCCAUACAGUGCCAUGUCCAUCACCCUUUGGACGGGCUCAGCGUGUACCUUCCCCAGGCCCUCCAUCUCUGAAAUCAUGUUCAGUGUUGCGGCAUCUCACCCUUCAACCUAAAACCCGGUUCACACACGUGCCAUCAACCCCCAGAGUUCAGCAGGCCCAGUGGCUGAGUGGUGUCUCCCCUCAGUCCUGCUCUGAAGAUCCUGCCUUGCCCUGGGAGCAGGUUGCAGUCCGGUUAUUUGAACAAGAAAGUUCUAUAAGAUCGCUGGAGGGGUCAGGGAAACCACCUGUGGCCACUCCUUCUGGAUCCUACUCUAACAGAACCCCCAGCCUCCAGGAGGUGAAGAUGCAGCGCAUUGGGAUCCUGCAGCAGCUGUUGAGACAGGAGGUGGAGGGACUGGUAGGAGCCCAGUGUGUCCCCCUUAAUGGAGGCUCCUCUCUGGAUAUGGUUAAUCUUCAGCCCCUGCUGACUGAGAUUUCCAGAACUCUGAAUGCCACAGAGCAUAACUCUGGGACUUCCUACCUUCCUGGACUGUUACAACACUCAGGGCUGCUAGAGCCCUGCCUUCCAGAGGACUGCAGGGAACCACAGCCCUGCCCUCCAGCAGAGCCUGGGCCCCCAGAGGCCUGCUGUAGGAGUGAGCCUGAGAAACCAGGGCCCUCCCUGCAGGCACAGCUUGAGGUACCAGAGUCCUGCCCUGCAGCAAAGCCCAGGCCCCCAGAGGCCACCUGUAGGAGUGAGUCUGAGACAUCAGAGCCCUUCUCCCAGGAACAGCUUGAAGUACCAGAGCCCUGCCCUCCAGCAGAGCCCGGGCCUCCAGAGUCUGGUAGGAGUGAGCCUGAGACAUCAGAGCCCUUCUCCCAGGGACAGCUUGAGGUACCAGAGCCCUGCCCUCCAGCAGAGCCCAGGCCUCCAGGGUCCUGCUGUAGGAGUGAGCCUGAGAUAGCAGAGCCCUCCCCACAGGAACAGCUUGAGGUACCAGAGCCCUGCCCUCCAGUAGAGCCCGGGCCCCUUCAGCCCAGCACCCAGGGGCAGGCUGGACCCCCAGGGCCCUGCCCUAGGGUACAGCUGGGGGCAUCAGAGCCCUGCAGCCUAGAACAUAGAAGUCCAGAGUCCAGCCUACCACCCUGCUGCAGUCAGUGGGCUCCAGCAACCACCAGCCUGAUCUUCUCUUCCCAACACCCACUUUGUGCCAGCCCCCCUAUCUGCUCACUCCAGUCUCUGAGGCCUCCAGCAGGCCAGGCAGGUAAGGAGUUGGCUGGGAAGGAAUGUGAACAUGGGAGGUCCUCAUCUCACUGUGAGCUGUGCCCCUGCCCUACCCCUACCCCUGCCCCAGGCAAUCCCAUGCUUCCACUGCUUCCAUACCUUCCACCCUGCCCCAGCCUGGCUCUCCCUCAGGAAGCGGGGAGGAGCUGCACUUCCAGCCUUUUGCUCCCAAAUGGCUUGGUCCUGGGUGGGGGAGGAGGAGAGGAAAGGACAUGCUGGAAGUAUAGGACCCCAGAGCCCCCUCUAAACUCUCCAUGGCCCUCAGGCCCCAGCAGCCUGGCCCCUCGAACCCUAGCCCUGAGGCAGCGCCUCAAAGCGUGUUUAACCGCCAUCCACUGCUUCCACGAGGCUCGUCUGGAUGAUGAGUGUGCCUUUUACACCAGCCGAGCCCCUCCCUCAGGCCCCACCCGGGUCUGCACCAACCCUGUGGCUACAUUACUCGAAUGGCAGGAAGCCCUGUGUUUCAUUCCAGUUGGUUCUGCUGCCCCCCAGGGCUCCCCAUCAUGAGGCACCACUCCUGCGCUGCGUCUUCCUUUUAGCCCUUAUUUAUUGUCGGUCUGCCCAUGGGACUGGGAGCCGACCACUUUGUCCUCAAUAAAGUUUCUCAAGUAUCCA